UUUAUUAUUUCUCAGCAUUUCUUGUCUACAAGACAGUGAACUUUCAGCUUGAUUCAGUUUUACAUUUUUAUGUGUUUUCAGGAUGAAAGAUUCACAUUAAACUCAUAACACAGAACAUCAGCACUUUAUAACCUGCUCUGGAUACUUUCCUGCUCUACCUUUUCGUCUUUUACUUUCAUUUCAAGUUUCUUUUAUAUUUCUUGUUAAUGUCUUUAUCAUGUCUUAUGCACUGCCUUCGUGUUAUGAAAUGUGCUUUACAAAUAAACUUGCCUUGCUCGUUUAUGUAUCCCACCUUCUGAGCUCGGCAGUGAGAAUAACAACAUGGUGCAGCUGUGCAGGGGGAAUAGGUGGAGGCUGUCGGUGCUGCUGUGACGCGCACGCUGGGUUGGUGUUUGAAGGCAACAGUGAACAUCGCGUCAGUGUGUGACGUGCACGUCGGCGGGCACGUGGAAGUGACAUAGCAGCGGUCCAACACAUGGGAGUGAACGGAGCGACUGGUCGCCUUUGAAUCACAUUUUCCAUCAACAAACUUCUCUCCGGUUCUCCACACGGAACAUCCAACUCAUGCACCGCCUCUGGAGGGGAACGGAUCCGCCGAGGAGCCUCUCUGACCGGGACACAUCGACGAAAUGCGCCCCCCCGGUUUCAGAAACUCGUUGUUUGUGAUCAAUAUAACGAUCAGCAGAGUGAUCAGCGCCUCGGUCGAUAUGAUGGCGUGAGAGGGACACGUGUUGGCGGAGAAUCGACGCUCAAACUUUUUCCAACUUUUCCACCUUCAGUUUUUUUUUUCCUGGUGGUUUUGGAUCAUGACCGCGACUCGGAUCAAAACACUUUUCCAUUCACUCCAGAUGUUUCACCAACUUUUCCUGACAUAGAAAUGUAGGAUACCCGAGUGCCUCUUCUGUUUGGAUUUAUCGAAAAGGAGUUUUAUUUUCUUGAGGAAUACGGUUUGCUUCGCUUCAGUCCAGUUCGGCUUCUGGUCGCUGGGAGGCGCAGAUGGACCUGCAGGUGGCGCUCGUGCUGCUGCACUGCGUCCUGCUUCCCGCCGCGCUGCUGGCAGCAUGUCUGUUUCGAUACAACGGCCUUUCUCUGGUCUACCUGGUCUACCUGCUGCUGCUGCCCUGGUUUGUCUGGCCCAACAAGCACACCAUCAGAGGUCACACAGGUCGGUUUAUCAGAGCACUAUUCUGCACCAGUCUGCUGUUUGUGUUGGCUCAUAUCUGCUUCAAGACUGUCCUUUACACAUACCCACCUCUGGACGCCGUGCUCGCAGACAACUGUUCACAGUGGGACAUACUAAUAACCAGGCAUAUAGGCCUGUCCAGGCUUUCGCUGGAUGAUCUGUGGAGUGUGCUGCGUUUCUUCUGUCCGGAUGUCGGAGUGUGUUUGGUUGCUUUGGUCCUUAUGAUCCUGUGCAGCCGACUGAUGAAGAACAGCGAGAUGGUGGCUUGUGCUAACAUCACCUCACUUGAAGAACAGCCGCCAGAAAGACCAGAGGGUGAUGAGGAGGAAGAGGAAGAGGAGAUGGAUGAGGAUGAAGAUGAGGAUGAGAGAUCGUCCCCCAAUGACCCAGAUGAAGAGCUCUCCACCACAGCCAGAGCGAAGCAGCUGGCUGAGCAUCUGAGAGCCAGAGCCCCGAAAUGUCUCAGGGACCUGGGGAGGAUCCUGGCCAUCAGCCUGCUGGCUUUGGCUGGCAUCACAUUGCCCUCAGCCUUCUCAGCCGUCUAUUUCCUCCUUUUCAUCUGUGUGUGCACAUGGUGGGCAUGUCACCUUCCCAUCAGCCAUAUUGGUUUCAAUGCGCUGUGUGUGAUGGUGGGCUUCUUCACCGCCGGUCACCUGGUGUGUUUGUACCUGUACCAGAGUCUGCUGGUCCAGUCUCUGUUCCCACCACACAGUCUGUGGGCCAGACUGUUUGGUCUGAAGGACAUUGUCAAACCGUGGAACUGCUCGGCGCCUCAUGACUUCAUCCUCAACUCCAGUUUUGAUUGGCCGGUCUAUGUCAACCCGGGCAUCCUCUUCCUCCUCUACGUCACCAUCACAGUCAUGCUGAAGAGCAGCAGCCACGCUGUGCCCACCCACCCAGAGUCUGCAAGACAGGUUGUGGAGGAGAGACAGCAGAAGACUGAGGGCGAGUCACGAGAGGAGGUGGAGCUUCAUCCAUGGAGCUCACCAGAACAAUGUGAGGACGACACCGAGGUCAUGCUGCUGUCUAUCGGAAAGUCAGAAAGUUCCAGAGCAGAAUGGAGUGAGGAUGAAGCCAGCAAGCCGGAUGCUGCUGCAGGUGUCGGCGGCGCCCCUAGUGGUCAACAGAGUGAAAAUCCCUUUUUCCUGCUGGGCAGAGUGGUCAUGCAACAGAGCUAUGUCUGUGCUCUCAUUGCUAUGAUGGUUUGGAGUAUCACGUACCACAGCUGGCUGACGUUUGUGCUGCUGUUGUGGGCUUGUCUCAUUUGGAUACUACGAGCCAGACGCCAUGUGGCCACGCUGUGCUCUCCGUUCAUCCUGCUUUAUGGUCUGGCCCUGUGCUGUCUGCAGUAUGUGUGGGCCAUGGACCUUCAGCCUGAACUACCCACCACCAUAGGAGCCAUGAGCCUCAGACAGAUGGGGCUGGACAGAGCUCGCUACCCCUGCCUCAGGCUCGGGGCAAUGCUCUUGUUCACUGUAACCUUCUGGCUGUUGUUACGUCAGUCGGUCAAAGAUAAUUUCAGUAAGAAGAAGAAAAUGGCUGCUCCAUUACAGGAAGUCACGACAGGAGAUGGAGGUGGUGGUAACGCAUCCGUGCUGAAGGUUUUGGGAGGCAUGGUGAUGGGUUCUUAUGCUAAGUACUGGAUCUACGUCUGUGGAGGGAUGUUCAUCAUGGUCUCCUUUGCUGGCAAGCUGGUCGGAUAUAAGAUAGUCUACAUGCUGCUGUUCCUCCUCUGCCUCUGUGUCUAUCAGGUGUAUUACUCUCUAUGGAGGAGGCUGUUGAAGGCGUUUUGGUGGCUGGUUGUGGCGUACACCAUGUUGGUCUUAAUCUCCAUCUACACCUACCAGUUUGAAGACUUCCCUGGAUACUGGAGGAACCUCACUGGAUUCACCGAGGAACAGUUGGCAGACAUCGGUCUGGAGACCUUCGCUCUGUCGGAGCUCUUCACCAGUAUACUGAUCCCUGGUUUCUUCCUGUUGGCCUGCAUACUACAGCUGCACUAUUUCCACAAACCCUUCAUGAGGAUCACUGACCUGGAACAUGUCACACCUGUACACAGGAGGAAGAGCAUUCCUCAGCCGGAGGGAUCGGAGGAGGAAGAGCUCGACACUGGACUAGGAGAUGAUGAAUCUGAGGAUGAAGGGUUUGUUCCCAGUAAAUGGGAUCUGGUGAUGGACCGGCUGCUGGUUCUGUCCCGGAGGUUCUCAGACAUCCUGACCCGGGUUCAGGUGUUUAUCUGGAGGAUUCUGGAGCUCCACAUCCUCAAGAUGGUCGCCUUUUUUAAUGUCUGGGUCGCAUUAGGAGAGCCAUCAGUGAUGAAUUUGAUCUUGGUGAUCUUGUGGUCGUUGGCCAUGCCGUACGGCCGCUUCAGGCCCAUGGCAUCCUGUCUGUCUACUGUCUGGGUGUGCGUCAUCAUCGUCUGUAAAAUGUUGUACCAGCUCAGCGUUGUCAACCCAGCGGAGUACUCCAACAACUGCAGUCUGCCGCUGGGUAACGAGACCAACCUGUCACCAGAGGAGCUGAGGGAAUCCACUCUGUACAGGGAGCCGGUGGAUCCGGCAAACUGGUUUGGUUUCAAGAAAGAGUCCUCAGUCCUGGGAUACAGUCAGAACCAUCUGUUAGUGUUGAUGUUAUUGGUGUUUGAGGCAACAGUUUACCGUCAUCAGGCUCAUCACAAUCGGCAGCAGCAGCGUUCUCCUCCCAGCAUCCCAACGCUCUUCCCCGCCGCCAGCAGAGACACGCUGGACCAUGGCCUCGUCUCCUGCAUCAAAUACCUCCUCAACUACACCUUCUAUAAAUUUGGACUUGAGAUCUGCUUCCUGAUGACGGUGAAUGUGAUUGGUCAGCGGAUGAACUUCCUGGUCAUCAUCCACAGCUGCUGGUUGGUGGCCAUCUUGGUGAGACGUCGGCGGGUAGCCAUUGCUAAAAUCUGGCCCAAAUACUGUCUGUUCCUGACCGUCUUCAUGAUCUACCAGUACAUACUGUGUGUGGGCAUGCCACCUGCGCUCUGUAUCGACUAUCCAUGGCGAUGGAACACACCAGUGUUGAUCAACUCGGCUCUUAUUAAAUGGAUCUAUCUGCCUGACUUCUACACCCUGCCCAACUCCAAAAACCUUAUAGCGGACUUUGUCCUGCUGAUGUGUGCGUCUCAGCAGUGGAAGGUGUUUGAAUGUGAGCGGACGGAAGAGUGGAUGGUUCUGGCCGGAGAAAACACAGACAACCCCGAACCGAUGGAGGGACGACCUUUCAACCCUGCACCCAAUUUCAUCAACUGCAGGUGUUAUCUAGACAUGGCAAAGGUUCUGGUGUUUCGUCAUCUUUUCUGGUUUGUGCUGUCGGUGGUCUUUGUGACCGGAGCCACCAGGAUCUCUGUGUUUGGGUUGGGUUACCUAUUGGCCUGUUUCUACUUCCUGCUGCUUGGUACCAAACUUCUGGUGAAACCGUCCAAGACCCGCAUGACACUCUGGGACUGCCUCAUCAUCUACAAUGUGGCUGUUAUCAUCUCUAAAAAUGUCUUGUCUAUCCUGGCAUGUGUGUUUGUCGUGGAGAUGCAGAAGAAUUUCUGUUGGGUAAUUCAGCUCUUCAGUCUAGUUUGUACAGUCAAAGGCUACUAUGACCCUAACUCUGUGAGUGACAAAACCUGCACGCUCCCGGUGGAAGAGGCAGGAAUCAUCUGGGACAGUAUCUGUUUCCUCUUCCUGUUGCUGCAGCGGCGGGUCUUCCUGAGUUUCUACUUCCUGCAUGUCAGAGCAGAACUCCUGGCUUCUGCUAAGCAGGCGUCCAGAGGUUUUGAGCUCUUCAGAACGAGUAUUGUGAAGAACAUGAAGUUCCAUCAGCAGGCCGAGGAGAAAUCUCUCACACAACUCAAGAGAUCAAUGAAGAGGAUUCGCUCCAAGCAGCAGAAGUAUAGAGAUGGAUGCACUUCAUCUGACGGAGACAAAGAGAAACAGGCUGCAGAACCACAGAAAGACAAAAAGAAAUCCAGGAAGAAAAAAUGGCAUCAGCCAUGGUUGGAUCAUGCUACAGUACUUCAUUCAGGUGAAUAUUACCUGUUUGAAUCAGACAGUGAAGAUGAAGAGGAGCUACAGUCAGAAGAUCAGAGACCGCUCAAACAAAAUGCCUCCCAGCUAGUUUACCAGGCAUGGGUGACCAGUGUGAAGGCGGCGUUGAAAGAGCGUCAGAGACGUCAGCGAGAGGAGGCGGGAAGGAAGAAGAGAGAUGAGCUGAACUGGCUGGAGGGAGGAGAGGAGGAGGUGACGGAGGUGACAGAGGGAGAGAGGACAUCCAUCAGACAAGAGCAGCCUUGUGCCAGACCAGAUGAUGAUGUGUGCGAGCCUCUGACCCAGGGGAAGGAUGAAGACAAUGAUGAAGAGGAGGAGUCUGGUCAUGGAGAGAUGGUUCAGAGGAUUCUGGAUAUACUGCAGUUCUUAUGGACCAUAGUCAUAGCCAUGGUGGAUGGACUGACUCAGUGGCUCAAUUUGGUGACCAAACAGUACAGAGACACUUCCACUGUUCUCUGCAAUGAACGCUACCUGCACGUACACAAGAUAGGACAGCAGCAUUACACGUUAACAGAGUCCAUGGAGGACCGUCUGUCCCAAGGCAGUGAGGGUCCCACAGUGGAAACCUGUUUGGAAGAGACAGACAGAGAAAACAGUAAUGGAUACAGUUAUAACGAGGUUGAAUGGGAGGCGGUGGUGGAUCAGUCCUCCCUCCUGCUGAAGGGCGGCGCUGAUGGAGCUGCUCAGAGUCCACAGUCGCUCCUCAGGGUCACUGUCCAACCGACGCCGGAGACACCGAAACAAAAUCAGAGACACUCCAGGACGGCCAGCGAGAUGCUGACAGACGGACAGUUCUCCAUAGAGGAGUUGGAACAGAGCUGUGAAUUUUAUUCAUCUCAGAACCGGCUGCUGAAGCUGCUGUUUGCCAUGUACAGUCUGCUGGCUGCCAACUCAGAGCUGGUUUGCUAUUUCAUCAUCGUUUUAAAUAACGUUGUCACCGCCUCUGUCAUAUCGCUGGUCCUGCCCAUCCUGGUCUUCUUAUGGGCGAUGUUGGCGACUCCUAGACCCACUAAGAUGUUUUGGAUGACAGCCAUAGUCUACACAGAGGUGAUGGUUAUGGUGAAGUACCUGUUCCAGUUUGGCUUUUUUCCAUGGAACAGCAGUUACGAGACUGCUCUGAAUGAGGACAAGCCUUACUUCCCGCCACGGAUCUUGGGCGUGGAGAAGACCGACAACUAUAUCAGAUACGAUCUGCUGCAACUGCUGGCUCUCUUCUUCCACCGGUCGCUGCUGAUGCGUUAUGGUCUAUGGGACCAUGAAAGCCCGAUAGAGGAAAAAAGCUCCACACUAGAGAGCUUAAAGUUGGAAGAAAAGAAGAGCAAGGAGAAGGAGGGGAAGAGGAGGAAGAAAGGGGAAGAGGAGGAGGAGGAGGAGGAGGAGGUCGGGCAAAAAGAGGAAAGCAGAACCAGUCCGUCCUCCAGCCUAGUGAACAUGGACGAUCCAGAACUGGUUCAUUUGGAAAAGGUUGACCAGGACUCUGCUGGGCCUGGUGACAGCUCUGCAGCUGAACGGCAGUCAAUUGGACCAAGUGACAUGCCCGAACAACCGACAGUGUCCGGGGCGAGCGAGGUGGGAGAAAGAGAGAAGGAGACAGUGGGAGUGAAAAAGAAAAGCGGCAUCAUUCGUUUCCGCAAAAAGAAACAAACCAGCAAGGAGUCUCUGGCUGAGGCUAAAUCCAGUAAAGACCCUUUGAAAAUGAAAAAGAAAGGAAGGAAACGAGAAGCAGCCAAAAACAGACUACUCAACAUGGGAAGAAAAAUAAAACACACCUUUAUUUCUGGUAUUCAGAGUUUUUACAGACCAGCCCAUAGGUUCUUCAGUAAUAUUCUCAGUCCAGAGUAUCGCGCUGCUACAGACGUCUAUGCUCUCAUGUUCCUGACAGAUGUCGUUGACUUCAUCAUCAUCAUCUUUGGCUUCUGGGCCUUUGGGAAACACAGUGCCGCGGCAGACAUCGCGUCGUCCCUGUCAGAGGAUCAAGUUCCUGAAGCUUUCUUGGUGAUGCUUCUGAUCCAGUUCAGUACUAUGAUCAUCGACAGAGCACUCUACCUCCGCAAGACUGUGUUAGGAAAACUCAUCUUCCAGGUUAUCCUGGUGUUUGGGAUCCAUCUGUGGAUGUUCUUCAUCCUGCCUGCUGUCACAGAGAGGAUGUUCAAUCAGAACUUUGUGGCACAACUCUGGUACUUUGUCAAGUGUAUCUACUUUGGCUUGUCAGCCUAUCAGAUCAGAUGUGGAUACCCAACCCGCAUCCUGGGCAACUUCCUCACCAAGAAAUACAACCACCUCAACCUGUUCCUCUUCCAAGGGUUCCGUCUGGUACCAUUCCUGGUGGAGCUGCGUGCAGUGAUGGACUGGGUUUGGACUGACACCACUCUGUCUCUAUCCAAUUGGAUGUGUGUGGAGGACAUCUACGCCAACAUCUUCAUUAUUAAGUGUAGCCGUGAAACAGAGAAGAAAUACCCGCAGCCUAAAGGACAGAAGAAGAAAAAGAUAGUAAAAUAUGGGAUGGGUGGAUUGAUCAUCUUCUUCCUGAUCUGCAUCAUCUGGUUCCCGCUACUCUUCAUUUCAUUGGUCAGAUCGGUGGUGGGUGUGGUCAACCACCCUGUUGAUGUCACAGUAACUGUCAAGCUGGGAGGAUAUGAGCCCCUGUUCACGAUGAGUGUUCAGCAGCAGUCCAUUCAGCCCUUCACAGAAGAGGACUAUGACAAACUCACCACCCAGUUUGGAGAAAAUGCAGUGGCCAUGCAAUUCAUAACGCUGUACAGUUGUGAGGACAUCGUGACGGCUCAGAUCGAGGGCAGCUCGGGGUCGGUGUGGAGAAUCAGCCCACCGAGCCGACAAGAACUCAUAAAGGAACUACUGGGAAGUCCAGUGGACCUGACCCUGAGAUUGGCAUGGAACUUCCAGAGGGAUUUGGGUAAAGGAGGGACUGUUGAACACACCUUUGACAGACACUCUAUUGAUCUGGAACCAGGAAACACUGUCAGAGCCGACCUGGCCUCGCUUCUGGUUGGCAACCGCACCAAACCUGUGCGUGUUACCAACAUGUUUCCCAACUACAUCCGAGCCCCUAAUGGAGCGGAAGCCAAACCAGUUAGUCAGCUGUAUGAAGGUAAUGAGGAGGGGUACCAGGAUGUGACGUUGGCCUUGAAGAGCGACAGGUCGUUGAAUGGCAGUGGAAACCAGGAAUGGUGGGACAUCGCAAUAGCGGACUGCCCCACCUCCACGGGGAGAUGCGGCGUUUUACCCAUGGUCAUAUUCAAUGAUAAAGUAAGCCCGCCGAGCCUGGGCUUCCUGGCUGGAUACGGGAUCAUGGGUCUGUACGUGUCGGUGGUGUUGGUGAUCGGUAAGUUUGUGCGAGGAUUCUUCAGUGAGAUCUCCCACUCCAUCAUGUUUGAGGAGCUUCCCUGUGUGGACCGCAUCCUAAAGCUCUGUACUGAUAUUUUCCUGGUUCGUGAGACAGGAGAGCUGGAGUUGGAGGAGGAACUUUAUUCGAAGCUGAUCUUCCUCUACCGCUCGCCAGAGACAAUGAUCAAAUGGACGAGAGACAUUCACAACCGAGACCAAGAGAGACACUGACACAGACCAGAACGUGUUGUGUUGCUAUAAGGAACAUUGGCAUCUUGAAUGGAUUACUACAGAAUAAACAUUCAGGGAUGAGAAACCUGAAGAGGGUCCUGAAAUCAGUCCUCACUGGUAUCCACAGAUAUGAAGAGGACAUACACAGACACUAAGACAAAUAUUCAAAACAUCCAUUCGCUCAGUUUGGACCCUGGGUUUGUUAUUCUGAGCUCAGAUCACAUUUGUUCAAUGUGAGUCUAUUUUUAAUAUCAGAGGAAUUCAUUAGCGUUUCACCUCGGGAUUCAGUCAAAGGACCUUUUUAAUAGAUGAGUAUCUAGACUUACACAAAGAUCUAGAAAAAUGGUUUUUAAGCAGAAUUAGACACUAAUAGGACAGAAAAGGCACAAAUUGAAUAUAUGGUUAACCUAAUUAAAGGUUGGGUGAAUAGCUUUCAGUCACAGCAUAUUUUGGGAAAAAAGGAUUUUAGUUUGUCCAGUAGACAAACAUCUCCACAUUGCACCAACAACUAUGGCACUAGUUAAAUUUUCAAGAUGUUGGUGAAAUUUGUCAACGUUCAGUAAAACCAGACUAGACACAGCUUGUGUUGGCCCAUGUCAGUCUUGUGAGUUUUCUACAUGUGGAAAGACAGCUGGUCGGCAGGCCGGUGCUUCAUGAAACUAAAGGAAAGUUUAGUCGACUGCUUGUCAAAAUCUUCUUCAGCCAAUGUUGUUUGCUGGGUUGAGGCCCCUGUCCUCAUCUUUGCUUCUUAUUUAUUUAUUUUGUUCUAGCGUUUCUUUUUUUUCCCCCUUUCGCUUCCUUUGGACAUACAUUUCCCUGUGUCACCAAGUUCAUAAAAACAGAAUGAGAUUAAAACGGUGUAAGGUGUCAAACGUUGACCUGAAAUUCACAGUUACCUCUAAAACAAAUGUUUACAUGUUCAUAUAUUGUCAGUGUAAGGCCUCGGUCACACCAGAAAUUGCUCGUGUGAACCACAGAAAUGUGAAUUAGUUCAUCUGGACACAACGUUUAUUGACGGAAACGUUUCAUCACUCAUCUAAGUGACCUCUUCAGUCUAAACUGACUGCAGGUAUCCCCACCCUUGUAAACAAUGCUGUGGCAUAACGUCGACCAAAAACAAUGAUCAGAUUCAUAUGCAAAUAGGCAUGACCAUUAACAACAUUAACUAGAGUUUCAGUGGCCAUGUGUACUAUUCACAGAGGACUGGGGAAUGUUUACAAUCACAGCAUUGCAAGAUGGUGACAGAUGUACUCUUAACCCCCCCUCGGUUCAGGGAUGGUCGUUCCCUCUUCACAUAGAUGGCCUCUUUGAUUCCCCGUUCAAACCAGCAUUUGAGCAAAGUUUAUUCAUGACCUUGAGUUGCAAGAAGCUUGGUGACCAAAAAGACUAAACACAAUUAAUGAAACGUAAUUAUUUAAUUUACUCCUGCUUCAAGCCUGACUGCUAAUCAUGCUGCAUAUGUUUUGUGUAUUAGUUCAUAAUCUGGCAGAGCACAAUUGUAUAAAACUGGAUGAAGUGACACUGCUAAAAUGUUGGCUUCCUCCAUUUUGAACUCUACCUAGCAACCACCCAAUCAGAAGUCAAUACAGUCAAAGCAGUUUUGCUGUUGGUUGGCAGCACAAAGUCAUACGUCAAAGUCCACCAAAGCUGAACUCUAUGUGAAGGCAUUGAGCGAAUUUACUUCUAGCUGAAUCAAAUCCUCCAAUCAUGCCAAUUUCAUUUGAAUUAAUUACUUUCGCUAUAAAAUAUUGCCGUUACAAAUGCUGGUGUGACCAAACCAUUAUGGGGAAAAUCUUAGUCUGCCUUUAAUAUACAUCUUAUCUGACCUACAAUAUUAAGAUAUGAGAGACAUUUAACAACUGACAUAUGAGCUUCUAACACGUUAAGUAUUUUUUUUCUGUUAUUAAAACAUUCGCUCUCCACAGUUCAAACCCAUCUCAUCUCUUAGAAAAUGGUUUGGAGAAAUAAAGCAUGGGAGCAAGUCUGUACAGAUGAGCAUCGAUAACGAGACAUGAUGAAACUCAACAACAGCCAAUUUUGGGCAACUUUUUUGCCUGUGUUGCCUUAAAACCUUGCUUUGUGUGUGAGGGAUAUAUAUCAAAUACACCUAUGCGGCCCUGGGUGUGAGACUGAAAAUGAAAAUGAACUGAGAAUGAAUGAGAGAGAGAGAAGCUGGUCCUGAUCGGAUCACAAAUGUGAAAUGGAUGUGGCAGCGUCAUGUGGCGUUGGCACAACAAAAACACCAGCACAUAUUAAGAUGAAUCACAGCCUAACUUCUUCUAACCGGUUCAUCAACCAGGAAAAAGAGGCUUUCUGAGAAUUAAGGUCUUAUUCACAACAGCCAGACUUCUGACAGGAUGACUUGUCAUGAAGAACACAUCAGAAUUGACUGAAUGACUUUAUAAACCUGUUUUUAACUGAAAACCUGCGGUGCUCCUGCAGUAAAUAAAUGCUAUCAAAGUGCAUCUAACCAUUAAAACCCUUCAUAUGUUUACUAUGUUUUAUAUGGUGAGGUUACGUUUGUGACGCUGUAUUUCACCCUUCUCUUUUUGUGUGCCAUUAUAAAAGAGAAGGUUGUCUUUGGAAACUGCAGGUGUGAGAAAUGUGCAAGGACUCUUUUCUUGUAUGAUGAAUUAUAUUUUUUUGACAAUUAAAAGGGAGACGUCUAACAACAUGCUUGGGGAAGUUUACACAGUAAUAAAAUCUCUAAUCCAUCAAAA